ACCGAGCCCCUCGUGAGACAGAGAGAGAGGGCAAGACUCCGGACUGGGCCCGGCGCGGGCCUGGUCCUCGCCUCGGGCCGUCCCGAGUUGCGCAGUUUCCCCCGCAGCGCGCGCUCCCGCCGCCCCCUCGGCUGCAGGGCCGCGCGCGCACGCGGAGGGGCCCCGGUUGGUGCGCGCGCACGCGGAGGGGCCCCGGUUGGCGCGCGCGCGCGCGGGCCUGCGACUCCGCAGUGUGUCCGCGUCCCUGCGAGGAGAUUAUGUAAUGGGCCGGUGGGGAAGGGAGGGGGAUGGAUGGCUGACGACGACUGCGUUCCUUCUCCACAGAUGGUCUGAAGCCGCAGGGAAGAUGGUGGAAAACUCACCGUCGCCAUUGCCAGAAAGAGCGAUUUAUGGCUUUGUUCUUUUCUUAAGCUCUCAGUUUGGCUUCAUACUUUAUAUUGUAUGGGCUUUCAUUCCCGAAUCUUGGUUAAACUCCCUAGGCUUAACUUACUGGCCUCAAAAAUACUGGGCAGUUGCGUUGCCUGUCUACCUCCUUAUUGCUGUUGUCAUUGGUUAUGUACUUUUGUUUGGGAUUAACAUGAUGAGUACCUCCCCACUCAACUCCAUUCAUACGAUCACAGAUAACUAUGCUAAAAAUCAACAGUGGAAGAACUACCAAGAAGAUGCCAUCCCAGCAUUAAGAGAUGUUCCCAUCAGUGAAGUAAACAAGAUGUUCUUCCUUGGAGCUCAAGACCUUAACACCCAGAACUGAACUGUGUGUAAAUAUCCUAACACCAAGCAUGUACAAGUUUGGGGUGAAUAACUUUGAAAAUAAUUAUGUUGGCUGUCCUUUUAAUACCCAAUAUUGACAUGUAAAAACAUGAAAGUUAAUUUCUUAGAUUGAGUUCAAGUGUUAUUGUAAAUAUUUUCAGUUGUGUUUUUAAUUGACAGACUACAAUACCACAUUGCACUAUAAUCAACUUUGUGUCUGUCUGUAUGUACAACAUGCACAUGUUCAUGUGGGUGGGAAUGCACACAUGUACAGUAUAUGUAAAGGUCAGAGGGCAUCUUAUCUCCUCAGGAACCCUUUGAGAAAGGGUUUCCCAUUGGCCUAAUCACCACUUAGACCAGGCUAGCCCACAGCUUCCAGGGCUCUCCCAGUCUCUGUCCCAUCUUGUCAUUACUUUUAUGUGGGUGUUGGAGAGCUGAGCUCUGGUCCUCCUGCUUUUACAGACUAUAUACUGUGCCCACUAAACCAUCCUUCUCUACCUAACAUACAUAUUAGUGCUUCCCAUGACCAGGGACUGUUUAAGCAUGGGAAGGGUAUAAUAAGUAUCUUAAAGAGCUUUUAGAGGUUGAUUGAUAGAUAAGCAAAUACUGUCUGUGAAUGAGUGCUAUGUAGAGCAUUGAGGUCAUGUAGUGUUCUAGAAAGCACAAGGAGAUAAUCUGGGUUAUUGAAGAAACCCUCUUCUGUAGAAUAAUAAAUAAAUGGUGUCUUGUAUGCAGACCACUACACAGCCAAGCAACCAAGAACAGUGUCUCCCAAGUCUUCUAACAUGCAGCCAUGGUUGUAAAUGACUGUCCUAUCUGCUUACCCUGAGCCAGUGGUCCAGCAAGACUGUGGCUGCUACCUUGGAAAGAGCAGGAAGUGAUCAAUGUUCACAAUAUACUUUUGUCCUCUCCAAGGACCAGUGAUGGGCAGGCAACGUUUUUUAAAUUAACUGGAGUGAAGCGUAGUACUCUCCGGCACCUUAGCUUCAAAAUCGACUUUUCAUUCUGUCUCUACCUUAUAAGGGGCUGUUUUUUCACAUUAUGGGCUGUAUUUCUUUUUGAGGAUUAUGAUAAACUUAGUGAAGCUUCUCUCCACUUUAAAUAAUCUCAGGACCUGUCAGAUAGCUUGUAAAAAGUGGAACCUCCAAAGAGCUCUCGUGUGAUUUUAUGUAUUGUGUUAAUAAAUAAUAAACCAGGGGAAGUGAGAUGAU